AUGGUGAAUGAAAAUCAGCUCAUCCCAAGCCCAAGGCAUACAUCACGUCAUCACUCCCAUCACCAUCACGAAGAUACCGAAGCAAGUCCCCAAAGGCAGGCCCUCAGGCGAACGGCCCAGGAGACCAUCGGCGUUCUCUCAGUUCUUCUGAACCGGCUCAACUCCACCAAUCAGGCCCACAAAUCUAAGAAAUUAUCGUCAAGUUCGGUCAGACGCUUACACCCCAGCGACUGCCCCCGCUUCCCAUCACCAGCGACGGUCAAAAUCAUCAACGACGAUACCCUCAACGUGGCCGUCGGACUAUUUGAGUCCGCACGGACACAACGUCUCGAUCCAAGCCUGAACCCCCGCCCAAUAAUUAUCAACUUCGCUAGCUACCGAAAACCAGGUGGGGGCUGGCUAAAUGGCGCGAUGGCACAAGAGGAAUCCAUCUGCUACCGCAGCUCACUGGCGCUCAGCCUCCACAGCAGGGAUUACCCGCUCGCUCUAGACGAGUCCAUCUACAGCCCCUACGUUCUGGUCAUGCGGAGUGACCUAGCCUCCGGACACAAUUUGUUAGAGUCUCCCACUACUCCACCAGAAGAUCUUCCUGUUGUCAGCGGGAUUACAAUCGCCGCUCUCUAUCGACCUAUACUCCGGAGAGUGGUGCUGAAAGAUUCUCAGAAAGAGCGACGUGGCCAUAGCCCACACGCACACCACAGCUCACGCCACUGCUCGACUUCACCCUCGCCCUCCCGUCGGCGUACCCAAGAAGUCUUCGCGCGCGACAGGGACCGCAAACUUACCAAAUCUAAGAUGAGGCAAGCACUGCGUAUUGCGGCAUUCAAUGGGCAUGGGAUGCUAGUCCUCGGGGCUUUGGGCUGUGGGGUGUAUGCGAAUCCCCCUGCUGAGGUUGCGCACUGCUGGCUCGAGGUUCUGAGGGAGACUGAGUUUUGUGGAAACUGGUGGCGUGAGGUGUGCUUUGCUGUCUAUGACCCGAAGAACGAAGGCAACUUUGCGACCUUUGAACGGGUGUUAUCUGGGAAGAAGGUUUAG